CGGGCGGCUGCCGAAGAUGGCGGAGGGGCAGGUGCGAGCUCCGCGAGGUCCGGGCGGCGUGGGGCCGGAGGGAGUCCAACCGGAGACAGCAUUGGGACUUAUUUCACCUUCGUUUGUCCUGGUGCUGGAUGGCCGGGGCCAUCUCCUGGGCCGCCUGGCGGCCAUCGUGGCCAAGCAGGUGCUGCUGGGCCGGAAGGUGGUGGUCGUGCGCUGUGAGGGCAUCAAUAUUUCUGGCAAUUUCUACAGAAACAAGUUGAAGUACCUGGCCUUUCUCCGCAAGCGCAUGAACACCAACCCAUCCCGCGGCCCCUACCACUUCCGAGCCCCCAGCCGCAUCUUCUGGCGGACCGUGCGAGGCAUGCUGCCCCACAAGACCAAGCGAGGCCAGGCCGCCCUGGACCGCCUCAAGGUGUUCGAUGGCAUCCCGCCGCCCUACGACAAGAAAAAGCGGAUGGUGGUUCCUGCUGCCCUGAAGGUCGUGCGUCUGAAGCCUACACGAAAGUUUGCCUACCUAGGGCGCCUGGCUCACGAGGUUGGCUGGAAGUACCAGGCGGUUACAGCCACUCUGGAGGAGAAGAGGAAGGAAAAGGCCAAAAUCCAUUACCGGAAGAAAAAGCAGCUCACGAGGCUACGGAAACAGGCUGAAAAGAACGUGGAGAAGAAAAUUGACAGAUACACAGAGGUCCUCAAGACCCACGGACUCCUGGUCUGAGCCCAAUAAAACUGACUGUUAACUCCUCA